AUGAAAUUCAAGCAGAAGCAGCGUGAGGAGCAGGCCGAGCCAGACGGCACAGAGGGUGAGUCCCACUCAUAGAUAUACAAUAUGUAAAGCAUUAGUCCCAUUCCCAGUCCCACUCAUAGAAAUAGAACAUGUAAGACAGACAGUGCCACAUGAAAGUCAGGCAGGAGAUCAUUUCUAGAGAACAAAUUCCAACCUCCAGAAAUUAUUUGAAAUGAUGGAUGUGGGUGAAUCAAAACCUAACUCACAAAGAAGCUAGCUAAACUAUUUUGGCAGUGUGACAUUAAAAAUAAGUGAUCUUGUGUUCCUGAUUCUGUUGUUGUUGGUUCUCUCUCCAGUGGCUGAUAAAAUCGGCUACCUGCUGGGCCUGAACUCAGCUGAGAUGUUGAAGGCUCUGUGCUACCCCAGAGUGAAGGUCGGCAACGAGUAUGUGACCAAGGGACAGACUGUGGCUCAGGUAAGGCAGCCUACCAUUUUCUGAGCACUGGAAUUAUUUUGGGGACAAGUGCAUUGCUUUUGUUUUUCCCAAGCUCGUAUCACCUUAUCACUGGACAUGGUCAAUAUCUCCUGUAUUAAUUUGAGGUGUUAUCAUUGCAGGUUAAUAACUCAGUCAGCGCUCUGGCCAAGUCUAUCUAUGAGAGGAUGUUCUUGUGGAUGGUCAUCCGUAUCAAUGAAAUGUUGGACACCAAUUAGCCAAGGCAGUUCUAUAUCGGUGUGCUUGACAUUGCCGGGUUUGAGAUCUUUGAUGUGAGUAUGAGAUCAGAACUAGACAAUUAGUUGUGAUUGAGAUGGAUUACAGCCUUGUAUGAUGAAAUUAUCCCUUUUAAAACUCCAUCAACAGUACAACAGCAUGGAACAGCUGUGCAUCAACUUCACCAAUGAGAAACUGCAACAGUUUUUCAACCACACCAUGUUCGUCCUGGAGCAAGAGGAGUACAAGAAGGAGGGAAUCAUCUGGGCCUUCAUUGACUUUGGCAUGGACUUGGCUGCCUGCAUCGAGCUUAUUGAGAAGGUAAACUGUCUGUGAGGAUUAUAUUGGACCGCAACAGCAAAGCUCAUAGGGAGCGCUGUGUGAGACAUUAUCACAGUUUUACAACGCAUCUGACUGUUGAGAACUCAAUAUGUUUCCUAUUAUGUGCCCUUAAAUGAAUAUAAUCCUAUAAUAGCAUGUUUGCUAAAGGAAUAUAUGUGAUCCUAAAUGGAAAUAUCACUAAUUUCAUUUACAUCUCUUUUCGUAAAGCCAUUGGGCAUCUUCUCCAUCCUUGAAGAGGAGUGCAUGUUCCCCAAGUCUUCAGACACUACCUUCAAGGACAGGCUGUACGCCCAGCAUCUAGGGAAAACACAGGUGUUUGAGAAGCCCAAGCCUGCCAAAGGCAAGGCAGAGGCCCACUUCUCCCUGGUGCACUACGCCGGUACUGUGGACUACAACAUCACUGGCUGGCUGGAGAAGAACAAGGACCCCCUGAACGACUCAGUUUGUCAGUUAUACGGGAAGUCAGGAGUCAAAAUUCUGGCUGCCCUGUAUCCCGCUGCCCACCUGAGGGUAAGUAUCAAGUCAAAAUAUUUAAUUAGGCACUAGCUACAACUCAGACCCACAUUUUCUUUAAAAUAGCUUUGAAUGUAUCACAAUUUUUCCCCAAUUUCUCGGGUUUAUCCUGGGAAUUUUCAUCUCUCGGUUAAAGGGGAAUUUAAAUUUUUGGCAGGGCCCCCCCAAAAAUUCACAUAGAAAAUGGAGUUGUAAUAUCUCAUUCUACUAAAGCAAGUCUAAGAAGCGAUAGAAAGUUUUUUUUUUCAUCUUUUAUUCGGUUUUGUAAUCAGCUUUAAAAGUGGGGUUCUAGAAAAAUAUUUUUACAGCCGUUUAAAUGGUAUAAGAUUUUGACACUAGCGCUAAUUUUUUUUACAUGGGUUUUUGAAAAGAAAAAGGGAUUAGGGGUUUCUUUUGAUCCCCAUUUGUUUGCCCCCCUUUUGGAAUUUUCCUUUUACUUUUACUUCCCAAGCCAGGAGACCCCUGGGUUAAAAAAAAUUUAAAAUUGGCUUAAAACUAAGGGGCUUAGUGCCCUAAAUGAAAUUCAAAAGGGGGGGGAAAAAGGGGGAAAAGGAAAAUCCCCCCUAAAUUUAAUUUGUAAAGCUUUUUCCCCUUCCCUUUUAAAGAAAUGCCCAUUUUAAAAGACAUCCUAAAGCGGGGAGAACUAGGGGAAAAAAAAAUAGAAAAUUUUAAAAGGAGGGGGAAUCCCAACCCGAAUAUAAACUUUUUGGCGGGGAAAAAAAAAGGACUUUGCCGAUUUUUUUUUUGGGCCCCCGGGUAAAAUCGGCUCCGGGGCCCCCGGGGGGAAAAAAAAAGGCUUACCCCCUAAGGCCAAACUUUUUAAAAAGUUUAGUAAAGGGCCCCCAUUUCUCAGGUUUUUUUGGGGGAAAAUUUUCUUUUUUUUUAAGUGUUUUUCCCUUUCCCGGGGCACAAAUUCCUGUUUUAAUUUGGGGGUUUUUUAAUUUUCAUUAAAUAACCAGUCAGGCUUUGGGGUUAUUUUGGGGUUUUUUUUUCACCCUUUUAAAAAAAUUUACAAAAAAUGAAAGGAUUCUUACGGUGGGCUUUUCCGGGUUAAACCUUUAAAAGGGGAGAGGUCAAAUGAAUUUUUUAUUAAUAAAAAAACCCUUUAUUUUAAAACCCAAAAAAAAAAAUAAACAGAACGUGGAACCGGUUUAAAAAACCCCCCUGAGAAAGAAAAUUUUUCCCAAAAAAAUUUUUUUCUGGGAAAAAGGGCAAGGGGAGGGUUCCGGGGUUUUUUAAUUUUUUUAAAAAUCCAAAAGGGGAGAAGGAAAGUUGGGGGUUUUUCCGAAAGAAAGUUGGGGUGUUAACUUAAAAAUUUUUUUAAACCAAAGAUUUUAAAAAUAAAUUUUUCCCAACCCCCUUAAAAAAAAUUUUAAAAGCAUUUUCUAAAAUUUUGUGUUAAAACCCUUUUUCAAAUUUUUUGUAAAAGCCUUGGGCAUUUUCCCUCCUUGAAAAUAUUUUCCCAAGUUUAGUAUUAAACGGGUUUUUUUCCCCAGCCGGGAAAAAAAGGGGGAAACCCAAAGGAAAGGGGGGAAACCCCACCCCCGGGGAAACCCCUAUUGACAUUUUCUUUAAUAGCUUUGAAUCCGUUAGGGUAAGUAUCAGUCAAAAUUUAAUAGGCACUAGCUACAACUCAGACCACAUUUCUUAAAUGCUUGAAUGUACUGUAUCACAAUUGUAUCACAAUUUUCUCAGGGUUUAUCACUGGGUCCAAUUCUAACUCAUACUCUCGGUUAAAGUGGACAAUUUGUAACUUUUUGGGCAGCCCCACCAAAUUCAACAUUAGAAGUGUGAGUUGUAGAUAUCUCAUUCUACUUGAAAGCAAGUCUAAGAAGCGAUAGAUUAAGUUUUGUUUUUGCAUCUUUACUUUCGGUUUUGUACAUCAGCUUCAAACAGCUGGUUCUAGAAAAUAUAUUUCACAGCCGUUAAGCUGGUAUAAUGAUUCUGUACACUAUGCUAGCUAAUUUUUUUCACAUAGGUUUUAGCAACCAGGAAAUGGCGGAGAGAUUUCUGCAUUGUGCAACUUUAAUUUAAUUAUAUAAUAGGUGUUAUUUUACACAAAUCUCAUUGGUCACAUUUGCAUCUAGAUAAGUGUGAAGUUAACCAGAGAUUCUCUGGUUUAUAAUUAGUGUGCUUGCUGAAGAAAAGACCACUCUUGAUUUCUUACAUACUCUUAUUAUUAUUCUAUUUAUUCCACCCGCUCUAGGAAAUGUACUUUUCUAGUUAUCUUGAACUUUUCCCCAUUUUAACAGAUACAAGCAAGAAAGGAGGCAUGAAGAAGGGUGGUUCCAUGCAGACUGUGUCCUCCCAGUUCAGGGUGAGCUUUUGAAAUGUGUAUUCAGUCCUUCAAAAGGUGCCUUGAUUAUCAUAAAUGAUGUCUGAGAAAAUGGUUUGUAACCCUCUUACAGGAGAACUUACAUAAGCUGAUGACCAACUUGAGGAGCACUCAUCCUCACUUUGUGCGCUGCCUGAUCCCCAACGAGUCAAAGACUCCAGGUACCAUAAAUAUUGAGUUAAAUAUGUCAUCUUAUCAGUACAGUAUCAGUGACUUUAACAAUCUCAAUCUUUAACCUGUUUAUGUGUAUUAAACGAGACUUGGUUUGUUUUACCAGGUCUGAUGGAGAACUUCCUGGUUAUCCACCAGCUCAGGUGUAAUGGUGUACUGGAGGGUAUCAGGAUCUGCAGAAAGGGCUUCCCCAGCAGAAUCCUUUAUGCUGAUUUCAAGCAGAGGUACACACACUUAAACACAAAUACGCAAAUGCACACAAUCACAGAGAGAGAUCUUCUCCAAGGGUUUUCCAGCAUCAGAAUAGUCUGACCUUAUAAGUAAUACAGUCAGGUCCAAAAUGACUGGCACUCUUGCUAAGAUGAGCAGGAAAGACUGGUAUCAAAUGUAUAAUUAAUUAAUAAUGAAUUAAUAUGCCAUUUAGCAGACGCUUUUAUCCAAAGCGACUUACAGUCAUGCGUGCAUACCUUUUUGUGUAUGGGUGGUCCCGGGGAUCGAACCCACUACCUUGGCGUUACAAGCGCCGUGCUCUACCAGCUGAGCUACAGAGGACAUACUGAAAUAUAUUGUAUGGUCAAACAUUUGUGACAGUUAUAUUAUUUUAUACUAAUACAAUUGUUCAGAGAAAAAUAGUUAAAAUAAUAUAAUUUUGUUUGAUUUGUUUAGUGUUUUUUGCUCAUCUUCAUCAAGGGUGACCUCACUGUAAUAAUUAUAAUUAUGACCUCACUGUAUAACCAACCUAUUACAGCUUGGCAUACUUGAAAACUGUCUCCUCAUUCAGGUACAAAGUACUGAAUGCCAGUGUCAUCCCUGAGGGCCAGUUCAUGGACAACAAGAAGGCUUCUGAGAAGCUGCUUGGUUCCAUUGAUGUGAAUCACGAAGAUUACAAGUUUGGACACACCAAGGUCAGUCAAAUACCCCCAGCAAAAGCUGACAACAAAACACAACUUCAAUGAUAAUUUAAACCCUUACCAUAUAAAAUCUCUGCAGUUGAUCUAUCCAUCCUUUUGUUCUUUCUUCUUCAUUUAACUAAAGGAAAAGGUGGAAAAACAUUGUAAUGUUUUUGUCUUCAAAGUCAUACAAGUAUAGAAGAGAAACUAAACUCAUUAUCAUGUGCAUUGUGUUAGAGUGGUAUGGCUGCAGUUAUCUGCAUCUGUGUACAUUAUUAAUCUACAACUGUACAAUAACUAACAACUUAGAAACAUCAUAUCCCAUGGUUUGUUUGUUAGCAUUGCAAAGUUAAUGUUGUUCAAAUCAAUCUAGUGGAGAUGUUCCCCUCUUUUGAUUCAACCCUUUCUAUCUGUCACCAUCUGUGGUUCCAUUGACCAUGUUUACCUGUGUCUCAGGUGUUCUUCAAAGCCGGUCUGCUGGGUGUUCUGGAGGAGAUGAGAGAUGAGAAGCUGGCCACUCUGGUCGGCAUGGUCCAGGCUCUCAGCCGUGGAUUCCUCAUGAGGAGAGAGUUUAGCAAGAUAAUGGAGAGGAGGUGAGGAAUAGUGGACAUCUUGGCAAAGCUUUCUGUCAACCACCUGUAUCUAAUGCAUUAUGAUUACAUGCUGUAUAUGCUGUGAGUUGUUCAGAAUAAGAAAGUUCAUCUUAUAAUGCUCUAUUAAAGCUAGAAUCCUUAAUUGAAACAUUAACAAAGAGGAAACCCCACCUCUGUUUUGGUAUACAGCUGUGGGAUGGGCCUGGAGCAUUGCAACUAUUCUCUAAUUGGUAGACAGAGAUAUGGUGAUAGUUUUAAGCUUGUUUUGAGUCCAUACAGUGUUUGUUUCCAUUUACAUUGUUUGCAAAUAUUGUAGUAAAACAAGCUUAUAUUUGGGGUUAAUUAAUUUAUAAGUCCAUUUAUAAAUCCAAAAAUGGAUGUAGCAGUUAAGGAUUAUAUCAUUGUAGCUUCAGUUUGGCAUCUGUUCAAUUGUCUUUUAAAUGUGUGGUAUUUACCCAUUCAUUCUUGAAGAACAUAAAAUGCCUCAUGAGCUUAGCAUGCAUGACCUGUCAAUCCUUGCAUCUAGAGUUCGGGGCGUUCCAUUUUGUUGUUCUUCUAAUCCCUGAAUGUUGCUUUAAGCAUGUCACUCACCAUGCCACUAUAUCCUUUCUGUCGACCAGAGAUUCCAUCUUCACCAUCCAGUACAAUUUCCGCUCAUUCAUGAAUGUGAAACACUGGCCAUGGAUGAAGGUCUAUUACAAGAUCAAGCCCCUGCUGAAGAGCGCUGAGACUGAGAAGGAGCUGGCCAACAUGAAGGAGAACUAUGAGAAGAUGAAGACAGACCUGGCCAAGGCUCUGGCCAAGAAGAAGGAGUUGGAGGAGAAGUUGGUGUCCCUGGUGUAGGAGAAGAAUGACCUGGCGCUCCAAGUUGCAUCUGUGAGUGAACAACAACCCUCAUAUGGGUACAUUUACACACAAAUGAAUACACACAUGAACACACACACACACACUGUAAAGUAUGUGGCAAACUCAUAACAUUUUUAUUGCCAAUGUAAUAUGCUGUAUUUAUUUCAUGAAUUUAUAUUGAUUUGCUCUGACCUCUUUGACUAAAGUGUAUAUUUUGAUACACAAAGUGAGGCCGCAGAUCUUUUCUCCUGCUCUGAAACCAGGAUUCAGAAAAUCUGAACGAUGCUGAGGAAAGGUGCGAGGGGCUCAUCAAGAGCAAGAUCCAGCUGGAGGCCAAACUCAAAGAGACGACCGAGAGGCUGGAGGAUGAGGAGGAGAUCAAUGCUGAGUUGACUGCCAAGAAGAGGAAGCUGGAGGAUGAGUGCUCUGAGCUGAAGAAGGACAUUGAUGACCUGGAGCUCACCCUGGCCAAAGUGGAGAAGGAGAAGCACGCCACUGAAAACAAGGUCUAGUUUCUUACCAUAGACAGUCUAACCAAACAAUAAUCCAAACAAUAAUCAACUCAAAACAUAGCUUAACAAUAAUGGAAUUCAAGUUGUAUUGUGGGUGCAGGAAAAAUUAAGACACAACAGUUGAAUUUCAGUUGCGGGGUACUCCCCACAUUCAUUGCAUGUUCUGUUCCCCCUCAUUUAUGACUUCCAUUCAGAACACUGGCAUAGUGUACACUGCCAUCUAGUGUUACAUCUAUAGUACAGUACAUGUUGACACAUUUCUAAUUUAAACGAACGCAAUACAUAACAAACUAAAUCUCCCCUUUAUGGUGAAAUAUAAUUAUGUUUGACCAUUUUCAGGUUAAAAACCUGACAGAGGAGAUGGCAUCUAUGGAUGAGAGUGUUGCCAAGCUGACCAAGGAGAAGAAAGCCCUCCAAGAGGCCCACCAGCAGACACUGGACGACCUGCAGGCAGAGGAGGACAAAGUCAACACUCUGACCAAGGCCAAGACCAAGCUGGAACAGCAAGUGGAUGACGUGAGUGGAGUUCGACAUUUUAAAAAUGAUAGAAUGUAAGAUGAUAUUAUCUUCAGUUGUUUAGAUUUUAACAAUAUAUUUGUUUUUAUCUUAUAGCUUGAGGGUUCUCUGGAGCAAGAGAAGAAGCUCCGUAUGGACCUAGAGAGAUCCAAGAGAAAGCUGGAGGGAGAUCUGAAACUGACCCAGGAGUCCAUAAUGGACCUGGAGAAUGACAAGCAGCAGGCUGAUGAGAAAAUCAAGAAGUAAACACAAACAAAUGACUACAGUAUCAGCUGCUAUAAUGGUUGUUCUUGAUUAAUUAUGAAUUAGCAUUUGCAAGUGAUUCUUAAAAGCAACGUGAAUGUUUUAUACUCCCUUUACACUAUCAAACCUAAACCAACUCUGCAAUCAACGUGUUUGUGUUUUUUAGGAAGGAGUUUGAGACCACUCAGCUCCUCAGCAAGAUUGAGGAUGAGCAGUCACUGGGAGCUCAGCUGCAGAAGAAGAUCAAGGAACUCCAGGUACAGUACAAGAUCAAAGGAUCUAAGCUCCAGACACACUGAAUAAUUUCCUGAAAUAAACGGACACAUUUGUCCAUGUGACUUCUGAUGGCUCGGUAGGUGUUUCCUGCUGACAUUUCCUACCAUUGUAAAGACGGUGCUUGUGGUCCUCUGUAGCUCAGCUGGUAGAGCACAGCGCUUGUAACGCCAAGGUAAUGGGUUCGAUCCCCGGGACCACCCAUACACAAAAAUGUAUGCACGCAUGACUGUAAGUCGCUUUGGAUAAAAGCGUCUGCUAAAUGGCAUAUUAUUAUUAUUAUUACAUACUAUUAUUAUUUUGUUAGGUUCAAUUGUUUCAACUGUAUUGUAGUGUUAAUCCCCCCUGCUCCUGUCCCCUGUUCUAGGCCCGUAUUGAGGAGCUGGAGGAGGAAAUUGAGGCUGAGCGUGCUGCCAGGGCUAAGGUUGAGAAGCAGAGGGCCGAUCUCUCCAGGGAACUUGAGGAGAUCAGCGAGAGGCUGGAGGAGGCCGGAGGCGCCACUGCUUCUCAGAUUGAGAUGAACAAGAAGCGUGAGGCUGAGUUCCAGAAGCUGCGUCGUGAUCUUGAAGAGUCCACCCUGCAGCAUGAGGCCACAGCCGCCGCUCUGCGCAAGAAGCAGGCCGACAGUGUGGCUGAGCUCGGGGAGCAGAUCGACAACCUGCAGUGCGUCAAGCAGAAGCUGGAGAAGGAGAAGAGCGAGUACAAGAUGGAGAUUGAUGACCUCUCCAGCAACAUGGAGGCCGUCGCCAAGGCUAAGGUGAGUAGUGAUGUUUUGGUCAAGCAUUGUUGAGGAGUGUCAACUACAUUACCAUUCAAGUGAACUGAAGUUAACAGCAGUCCCAUAUAUAAAGUAAUGAUGGUACAUGUUUCACUAACAGGGCAAUCUGGAGAAGAUGUGUUGUACUCUUGAGGACCAGCUGAGCGAGCUCAAGACUAAGAAUGAUGAGAAUGUUCGCCAGGUCAACGACAUCAGUGGACAGAGGGCCAGACUCCUGACAGAAAAUGGUACCAUCAACAAUGAACUACAACCCAAUGCUUUCCUUCAGUAGAACACAAUAACAUGUGUUGGGGGCUGUAUCCACAUAAUUUCUACUGUACUAUUCACCACCUAACAUUGCCGUACAAUACCUCACAAUACAUUUUCAAUCUUAGAGAACAGAGACCCUAUUAACUAGAUAUCCCUCUAUCCCUGCAGGAGAGUUUGGCCGCCAGCUGGAGGAGAAGGAAGCCCUGGUGUCUCAGCUGACCAGAGGAAAACAGGCCUUCACCCAGCAGCUGGAGGAGCUGAAGAGGGCGAUUGAGGAGGAGGUCAAGGUAAGGGACCCAAAAUGGACUCCACUGACCACAGAGUUUAGAGCCAUAUCUUCAUAUAGAUGGUGGCUAUGCCACCCUUAGAGUCUUCUACUAAUGUAAUUUGUUUGUCUAUCUCUCUAAUCUCUCUUUCUCUUUCUCUUUCACAGGCUAAAAAUGCACUGGCCCAUGGUGUCCAGUCUGCCCGUCAUGACUGUGACCUCCUGAGGGAGCAGUUUGAGGAGGAGCAGGACGCCAAGGCAGAGCUGCAACGCGGCAUGUCCAAGGCCAACAGUGAGGUGGCUCAGUGGAGGACUAAGUAUGAAACUGAUGCCAUCCAGUGCACAGAGGAACUGGAGGAAGCCAAGUGAGUCGCACGCAACAGCAACAACUCAAAUAUAGGGUGUGGAUGGUGUGGAGGGUAGGGGGCUCUGAGAAAAUGUUACGUCAAUAUAUAUUGUAACAUAUGUUUCAAACCGAAAAACCACCCUCUGUUGUACAACAGGAAGAAGCUGGCCCAGCGUCUGCAGGAGGCUGAGGAGACCAUUGAGGCGACCAACUCCAAGUGUGCCUCCCUGGAGAAGACCAAGCAGAGGCUGCAGGGAGAGGUGGAGGACCUCAUGAUUGACGUUGAGAGAGCCAACGCAUUGGCCGCCAACCUCGACAAGAAGCAGAGGAACUUUGAUAAAGUCAAAAUUAAAAACUACAUUUUCUGCUAUAUAAUCAAUUGAAGUAUAAUUGUAGCAUGUUUCUGAUUCAAAUCUCUUCAUCUAUGACUUCUAAUGAAAAUCCCAUGUGUUUCCCUAGGUUCUGGCAGAGUGGAAGCAGAAGUAUGAGGAGGGUCAGGCUGAGCUGGAAGGAGCUCAGAAGGAGGCUCGCUCUAUGAGCACUGAACUCUUCAAGAUGAAGAACUCCUACGAGGAGGCUCUGGAUCAUCUGGAGACUCUAAAGAGAGAGAACAAGAACCUGCAACGUGAGCAUUUGACAGCAAUUCUAUUUGGCUCAUGUUUGACUAAUGUUUUGAAAAUGGAGGGAACUGUAAUCAUCAAAACUACUAUUACAGAGUUUACAUGUACAGUAUACAAAUAUAUACAGUAAAUGGAACAUGUAAUUGCUAUUGCUUUUAACAACCCAAGGAAGUUGAGGGCAAUUAAAAUUGUAAGACCGUAUGAAGUGCUGUUAAUUAAUUAACUGUUAUCAUGAUUCAAUGUCAACUUCAGUGCAUUGGCGAUAUCCACUGAAAAUCUCCCAAGUCUAAACUGCUCCUGUGUGUGUGUGUGUGCAGAGGAGAUCUCUGACCUGACUGAGCAGAUCGGAGAGACUGGCAAGAGCAUCCAUGAGCUGGAGAAGGCCAAGAAGACCGUGGAGACAGAGAAGUCUGAGAUAUAGACCGCUCUGGAGGAGGCUGAGGUACAAACUACAGCUGUUUGAUAGGAAAAGCAGUGUUACACUAGCAAUGCCAGCUACAUUCAAAUGCUCCCUGCUUUGGUGUUCAUAUAUAUAUAUAUUUAAUUCCAUGUACACAUCCAAAUAUAUUGAACAAUUCACCUGACUGCUUCUCUUUGUCCAGGGCACACUGGAGCACGAGGAAUCCAAGAUUCUGCGUGUGCAGCUGGAGCUAAACCAGAUCAAGGGUGAGGUGGACAGGAAGAUUGCUGAGAAGGAUGAGGAGAUGGAGCAGAUCAAGAGGAACAGCCAGAGGGUGGUUGACUCCAUGCAGAGCACCCUGGACUCUGAGGUCAGGAGCAGGAAUGACGCCCUGAGGGUGAAGAAGAAGAUGGAGGGAGACCUGAACGAGAUGGAGAUCCAGCUGAGCCACUCCAACAGGCAGGCCGCUGAGGCCCAGAAACAGCUGAGGAAUGUCCAGGGACAGCUCAAGGUAAAGGGAAUGUUCAAAAAUCUGAACAUGGAGAGGGAUUUGUUUGUGAAUCUGUAAAAAAUAAUAGAACAGAGGACUUGAAUAGAGUGGACUAUGUACUAAAGGUAGAGAUAUUGGGUAAACUCUUUCCAAUUAACAUUUCUAUCACCAAUCCUUUCGCCCCUACUUCCACUAAAACUUUAAAACUUUAAAUUACUUCCACAAGUCCUAAUGAACCUAUGUAAUUGUGAAAUCCAGGAUGCCCAAGUGCACCUUGAUGACGCCGUCCACGCCGCAGAGGACAUGAAGGAGCAGGCAGCCAUGGUGAAGCGCAGAAACGGUCUGAUGGUGGCUGAAAUCGAGGAGCUGAGAGUUGCUCUGGAGCAGACAGAGAGAGGCCGCAAAGUGGCUGAGACUGAGCUGGUAGACGCCAGCGAGCGUGUUGGACUGCUGCACUCCCAGGUAUGGGUCAAAAGCCAUUUCCAAUUAAACUCAACCAAGCAUACUGUUUACACACCUGGAAUUCGACAUUGCUUGCUUUUAGAUUUUCAUAAUUUAAGCCUUGUGACUUGUGAGUCAAACAAAUUGUCAUGUUUCCUCCUUCAGAACACCAGCCUUCUGAACACUAAGAAGAAGCUGGAGACUGACCUGGUGCAGGUGCAGGGAGAGGUGGACGACAUCGUCCAGGAGGCCAGGAAUGCAGAGGAGAAGGCCAAGAAGGCCAUCACUGACGUGAGUCCUGGAAUUACAUCAACUUGAUUUGUCCCCAAGGUCCAAUUGUAGCUGGGCUGGUUAAGAACAACAAAGAUCUCAGAGGAAUGUUAUGAUUGGUGCCAAUUGGUGCAUUAAUUAAACAAACUACUUUGCCAGGCGGCCAUGAUGGCUGAGGAGCUGAAGAAGGAGCAGGACACCAGCUCUCACCUGGAGAGGAUGAAGAAGAACCUGGAGGUCACUUUCAAGGACCUGCAGCACCGCCUGGAUGAGGCUGAGAAUCUGGCCAUGAAGGGAGGCAAGAAGCAGCUCCAGAAACUGGAGUCCAGGGUGAGUUAA